AUGGCGUCACAAUCAAAGUCGACUGCGAGAGGAGAUAUUGGAUUUGACUGGAGGAGGGCGGGGCAGAGACGUACUGAUGGCGUUACAUCUGCAUCCAAAGGGCACUUGGAUAAUGAGCGAAAAGAGAAACUGCCAAAAGGAGAAAAUGUUCACCAUAGAAAAAUGCACGAAAACCAUUGGUCUUGGGAUACACCUAGCCUAUUGCCAUAUUCUUUAUCAAAAAAACAUAAAGGUUAUAGAAAUGACCUAUAUGAACAAGAAGCCAUUGUUAACCAGAAAGGCCAGUAUAUGCAACAACAGGGAGCAUGGAAUUCUGCACUUAGCAGUAAGUCAUGGCGCAAUAGAGUGUCAAAGGAGCUCCAAGAAAACGGAGACGUUGGGAAAGUGAUCGAAAUUCGGUCUCUUGUGCCUCCACGAAAGGAGGACCUCGAAUGUGCAAAAAUAACCGAUUGUGAAUACGCAGGGUCUUACAACUGGAUCAAUACCAAAGAGCCCACAAUUGUCAUACCAGGAGUACCACGGAUGUGGAAAUCUACCGACAAGCCGUGCCCACUCAAACAGGAUUGCAGUCAAUAUUUCCUAGACCAAAAUUCGGCACGAUGGCCUGAUCACCCGCUUGAGCCAGCAAUUCGCUCAGUCUUUGACUUCAACCCCACGUUCAAACCAGAGGAAAUCGAUAUCGUCACCUGCACAGAGGUUAUAGGCAACAUAUUUGAGGUAGCUUCCUCAACCCCUCGAUCAUUCCGAUUCGAUAUGGAGAAAGUAGGAAAUACCUUUUUUAUGGUGAAAAGAGAGCGCACAUCAAAUGAAAAGCUGGAGGAAAUCUAUGGAUUUUCCGAUGCCCUUCCCAAAGAAAACACAAUUUGGGGACCGAAUCAAAGAAUUAUUCGAUAUAAACUUGGUGGACUAAGCUUGUUGGUUCGCUUUGAGGCGGAUGCAUAUUUGUCAAACAUGAUACUUGGAACAACUGAGCCGUUUGAGAUCAUUGGUCGCGACGCAGUUAUUGACGACGGGGAUACUUCAGUUCAAGCAACAGAAGCGAGAAAUGAGGCCGAGAGUCCAAAGCUCAUGAUCCACCAAGCCGGAUCCAUUAUUCCCCAAGAAGCUGUGUGCGAUAUAAAGGUCUCGUACGAGAACGGAGCUGGUGAUCUUUUUAAUCAGAUCCAGCAUCUGUGGGCAUGUCAAAUCAAGAACUGUGUCACAGCAUAUCGUUGCAAAAAUAGGCAAUUCGACGGCAAUCCUACUGUUAAAGAUCUAGGUAUCCAUAUUGCGAGGUGGGAGAACGGAAAUAAGCCGACUGUAUCGCUCAUGGUAGCAAUUCUCAAGAGGCUAAUCGCUGAAGCGAAGGAGGCAGAUUUUGGAAAAGUAGAGGUCCACAGGAUAUGGAGUGGUCCGUUGAUUACUCGGGGCCAAGCUGGACAGCCCAGAGAAGCUCUUCCAGCAGAUCUCAAAGCAAGGUGGGAGGCCAAUAAUACAGGGCAGGAGCAAGGUGUUUCCAUAGCAGAUGGGUGGCAGAUCAUCGAUCGCGAGGUUGGAAAUCUUCCCUUUGAGCAAUAA